GUUACGUGAAUGGAUUGAUUGCAGACACUUGCUCAAAAAUUGUGGUAGAUUCUGUGCGAUUCCUAUCAUGACGACAGGAGACCUAAAAAAUAACCUUCGCAAGCUAGUUUCUGUACUAAAGCAAAUUCACUAUCCUCAAAGUGAGGUCAACCUGAAAGGCAUCGCGCAGGGGAUUCCCAAAGCAUUUCUUCCAAUUGUUCAUCAUGUUUUCCUUGACUUUUCUAUUUCACUGGCACAGUACUUUGCAUCCAAAGUGUACGAGUUGUACGGAAAAACUGAUUCACGGUUUAUGGAAACCGUCUACAAGGUUCUGCGAGAUGAGUUUGGCUACAAACCACAGCUAACGAGGGAGCAGUUUCUAACGAUUGGAUUUGCAGAGAGAAAGAUUAUUUUUCUGUGCGCCAUUUUAAAACUCCUUAGAGAGAAACACAAUGAGCUUAAACCUAAAGGCGGAACAUCGGAAAAGAAGAAAAUGAAACAAAGUUGUACCAAUUCACAGAUGAAUGGCACCAAAGUCAACGGAACGUGUAAGGAAACUCAUGCAAAGAAAGAUGUUUCGACUUGUUCUGAUCAGUUUGGUGGACCUCUCCCUCUGGACACGGAUAUGAAGAGGUUUCGGAGUAACGGAGAGGCACUGAAAGCUGGUUUGGGAUUGAAAGAACCCCUUAUAACUCGUGAAUUUAUGGAGGAUGAGCCCGAGAACCAUUCUACAUCAAAAGCUGAAGAUUAUGAAGUAGACUUAAAUAUUGGUAAAUCAGGAGAAGUCUUAGGUGAUAAAGGUCACGCAUUUCCUUCAAAUUUGAUCAUCAAAUCCAGUGACUCAUCGCUCUUUGGUAAGAAAUUUCCAGUUUCUCAGAAUGUCGAGACUUGUCCAUAUUUGUUAGAUCGGUCUCAAGUUAAAUCGGUGACUUGGGAAGAUCAGGGUACAGGUUCCCGGAGAUUUCACUCUGAACGACGAGAAAAAGUUUCGAGAAAACCUCAGCCAAACCCAGUAUCCGUACCAGUGAGUAUCCAUGAAAUUCCUUAUUCAGUGUCCUCGCCUGAAUAUUAUCCAACAUCCUUUGAAAACACAGCUAACAGGGGAAUGAAUCCACAUUUAGUUCCAUCCCCAGUUACCAUGACAGCAGCACCAGAGCCAAGCCCAGAUCUGAUGCUCACACCUACUGUCAAGAGCAGCUGUUUUGAAGUCAUCCCUAAAUCUAGCUCUCCUUCCCAAGUUUAUUUGCAUCCAGCUGCUAAAAUUCCACCUACAACAAGAGUUGUGAGGCAUCCCAAAGCCAGUAAAGGCAAUACUCCAGAAAGCUCUGUAUUGAAUCCAGGCUCAAAUGAAGAAAACCAAGUUUGCAUACUCAAACAACAGUUACAAGAGUUACUCAAGAAAUAUGAUCAUGCCAUAUUGCUGAAUAAUGAAAUAUCUGCCAGAGUUGUACUCUUGGAGAGUAAAGUGAAGUUACUUGAGGAAGCAUGUGAAAGAAAGUGUAAAUGUAAUUGCAGAAAUCCCUCAGCUGCAGUCUCUGCCAAGAAAAAAGCAAUAAAACAAGAUGAUGCAAGUGUGGUUGUGUCUGGUUUUAAUAUUCAUGGUGAACCAAGAUCAACUGAACAAUCUUGUAUGAACAAACCAACAAGUUUAUCACUUAAAACAUUUGGCGAGAUAACCAGUGCAAUGCCCAAAGCAACUAGCCGAAAACUAUUUAAGGAAACAGUAACUUCUCUUGAUAAUGAUGACAUAGUUUUUGACUCAUACUCUCAUUUUGUUGAGGUGUCUGAUGAUGAAGAUGGCAAUGAUGGUGCUGACAAUGAUAAGGAUGGCACUGGCAAACUUAAAAGUGUUCUAUCAAAUGAGAAAGAUGCAGAUAUUAUCAUAAGCCCAUUCCCUUCAGCUUCAAAACUUUCAACUCUAUUUUCUGACCCUUCGACAAAGAAUACUGUGGUGAAUGUCCAGAAAAGGCUCCAGGAGACCAGAGAGCUUCUCAAUAGGACAAACAGAGACUUUGCAACAAAAUUUCAUCAUUACCAAGUGGAAUAAAAUUUCUAUUCUUGAAAGCUGUGUAAUUAAUAACAACCAGAGUUGUAGCUAAGAAAUUAUGCUACUUGCUGAAAUUUUAAGUGAGGUGGCUCUAAGUUGGUGAACAAUUGUAAGUGUGUAUAACCUCGGAAGUGUGUAGUGUGCUUUAUCAAGUAAUCACCGGUUAAAAAUCCAGCUGGCGAUCGCAGCUUUUUCAUCUGGUGAAUUUUGCCGGCAGCUGGUGCUUAGCAAUAACUCUGCCUAAACUGCUAAAUAACAACUGUUUGCAGAAGACAACACCAGUUUGAUUCACAUUGGGGUUUCAACAUAAACUGAUGCAUUGAAUCGUAACUGCCAUUCAUAUUCUGCAUGUGCUCCUAGUUUUUCAGAUAUGAUGAAUAUUGCAUUUUUUAUGAAAAUUUCAUGGGGAAAUCCAAAAAGCUCUCCUUGUAAUUACUUAAUCUUAGGGUGUUUCAGUGAGGGUGAAUUUAAUAUAAGAAUGGUACUUGAUUAAGAAUCCAUUGCCUCUUUUUGUCUAAUUUUCCUGAUCCUAAUAGCUAGCUUACACUGUACACCCGUGAGGGGUUAAGGUAGUGAAAUGCUGGAAGAGAUUGACCUUUUUGAUUUAAAACUCAAAAACCACUUCCAACUGAGGCUCUUCAUUUGAUUUCAUAACAUUUCUUCAGACUUUGCCAUCACCAUUGAAUGGUUAAACAGAACUUGCUCAUCUUUUGGUCGCAGUUGCAAUACAUCCAGCCUCACACCUUAUGAUUGUCAUGUAACCCAUUCACCUUUGCCAGGCUUCUUCCUGUUUGUUUAUCUUUUAACCUUUAAUUCCCAAGAUCUGAUUGUA